AUGAAGCAUUCCUUCUCUUCACUGGCCGCUGUGGCCUUGACAUUAUCCACAUCAGUUGUUGCAUCCCCGACACCUCAGCUAGUGGUGCCUGGUAUUAUUGAUACAGCCACAUGCCUGGCUGUCAAUGUCAUCACCCAACUUCUCAUCGGAGACCCAUUGGCGAUUGCCUUUUGCGCUGCCGUGGUUCCUCUUCAUUCAGUCAUCAGAUCCAGAACCACCACCAUCGUGAGACCAACCACCGUCACAUUGACGACGACCAACUCCAGCGCCGUCCGUCCCACCAUCACAAGCCGCGUUAUUGUAACUGUCACCAGCAGCUCUUGCACAGCCAGCCCCACGCCGUUCGAGCUAGACAAUGGAAUUUACAUCCCGCCCAUCCCUGAAUGCGUCACCCAAUUCCCAACUCUUGAUGUCACCGAGGCGUGUAGCUGCAUCGACCUCCCAACUCCCACAUUCACAUCUACUAGGACCGUCUUCGUGUCGCCCACAAUCACCAUAACCAGCACUGUUGGUCCCCUUGGACGCGGUCCCCCCGUUGUAACGACGUCUACAUCUACGCAAACUAUUACGACGAGAGCCUGUCCCGCACCCUCAUCUUGCGGAAACCAGGGUAUCGAAUUCGCCUACUACAACAGAACUGUCGGUGGUGAUUUUGCAGACUGGCGUCCUGAAGAAUACAAGACAAUUCAUCCAGAGUACCAAAACGUGGCCAACAUCAUCGAUGGCAUCAGCUUCCAAGACGGCGCCCCAAAGAGUGUCUACGGCUCUCCUCCUCUCUCAGAGUCUGACUUUGUCCUCAACCACCACGGCUACAUCUAUGCGCGCCAGACGGGCACCUACACAUUUACCCUCAACCAGGUUGACGAUGCCGCCUACAUCUGGAUCGGCCCCGAGGCGUACUCUGGCUGGACCGGCGCAAACGCAGAUCUAAAGGCCGUCUAUAACAACGGUCCUGCAACGGGAACAUAUACCGUCAACUUCCGAGAAGGCCAAUACUAUCCUUUCCGUAUCGUCUACGGUCAGGGACCUCGCAUUGCCGAGUUCGACAUCACAGUCAGCGCACCAGACGGCACCACUUUCCUGUCGUCAGCCACGUCCGGGUCACCGUAUCUCGUCCGCUUCUCUUGCGACAGAGUUACCGCGCCACGAUUCAGCUCCUUUGGAUUUGAGUUUUAG